GAACACCCGGGAGGAAGUGGAGGAGAUGUGGAGCACCAGGUCCCAGCGCCCCAAGCGCAGCACUAGUGGGGACGAAAAAGUUCAGGGCGCUACACCUAUGAGCGCCAGAAGCAGCCCGGGCAGGAACGCACGAGGGGAGAGGGAGGCGGCGCCGCAGCCGGGUGCCAGGUCCUGGCGUGCCAGGAGCGGCACUGGCGGGGACGUGAAAGUGCGGGAGGAGGAGAAGAAGCGCGUACUGGGUACCAGGUCCUGGAGGCGGGUGGCGUCUGCCCCAGUCAAGUACGCACUUGGAGGGGAGGAUGAGGCUGCGCCACGCACCAGAGGCGCUACGCGCCGGCCAGGUGCUGGAGACGAAGUGCGGGCUGGCACGUCCGGCAACCUGGGCGCGGAGGCGUGCGGAGAGGAGGAGCUGGUGCGGAGGGCACUGCGGCCCCCGCCCACCCCGUGCGGGGAUGCUAGAAACUACGCACUGGACACCAGCGCCCAGCGGGCCAUGCCCGGCAGCAGUAGCAGAGAUGAGUUCCCUCCAGCUGCCUCCUAUGGGAAAGAGAGUGGAGAAGAAGAGAGGAGGGAGGAGGAUGAAGAGGAUGAAGACUGUAAUAUGGUCCGGCAGCUGCUCAGACUAAAGGAUCAGAUUAAACAACAGCUACUGGAAUAUAAGGCAGAGGUUGAAGCAAGUAAAGAGAGUCCUACAGAAGAACUUGCAGAAGGUGACUUACUUCAAAGGAUUGAAGAUCUAGAAAGGAAAAUGGAAGAGGUGAAGAUUGAGUUAGAAAUGAAAACUUUAGCUUUAAGAAGGGUCCAGGUUGCACAUGCUCUUCAGAAAAAACUGGAAAAAAAGGACAGUGAAUCUGAAUCAAUCUUGGCAAUUUUGAAAAACAUUUUAACUCUUAAUAGUUCAAUACUGAAAGCACAGCAGCAAACUCGGGACCUGGAGGAGAAAAUGCUUGAAGUUAAGAAGAAGAGAUUAAUGUUUAAAAAAGCUGGGGAAGAAAAGCUACUAGAAAUACAGGCUGAGAAUAAAAAGAAAAAAGAUGAAUUGAACCUCCUGAAAAAUAGUGCCAUGUUAACUAAAAUGAAGAAAAGCCUACAAAAGGAGAUAGAUUCGACUACCAUUAUUCAAAAUGUUUUUCAGCACAUCGUUAUGGCAGCAAAGAUCGACUGGGCAGCAGAUCCAGCCUUGAAGGCCCUUAUUUUACAGCUUGAGAAAAAUUUAAGUUUCAUCUGAACAAUUCUGCUUGUUUACAUGCUAUUAAAUAGUAAAUUUCAAGAGAAACUCUGUAUUUCGGGCUCUAUUCUGUUAAUUCAGACUCUUUAAAAUAUUUGUUUCAGUAAUGCUAACUUCAGAGUCAUUCUGUGUCAGUUAUUAAAAUGACACUGUCACAGAAUUUGGGAUCUUUAAGUUAGAAGCAUCCCUACAGGUCAAGUCCAACUUCUCACCUAAUAUGGGAACCUGCUCUAUAAUAUCUGCGACAGAUGGUCAUCUAGUCAUUGUUUGAACCCUUCCAGUGAUUAAGCAUUCACUACCUCAUUAGACAAUCUAUUCACUAUCUAAAUAGCCCUGUUAUUCCUUUAUAUGGCAUUUAUUGAUUAGUAUUCUAGAAAAUAGUGGUUAUAUCCCCCUUUAAAAGCAAUAUAUUUUCCAAAAUACUGAUCUUUUUGUGGUAUUAAAAACUUUAAUAAAGUUACAGAUUAAAUUGUCAA